AUGUGGAGAAAGAACAGGCGCUACAUCAGACCAACUUGCACCGGGGUUGACCUCAACAGGAACUUUGACUCCAGAUUUGGAACGGUGGGCGUGUCCUCCAACUGUGGCAGCGACAUCUACCCAGGAGAGCGCGCCUUCACAGAGCCCGAGACGGCCAACAUGAGAGAGCUGGUCUACAGCCUGCAGGGGGAGCUGGUGUCUUACCUCUCCGUGCACUCUUACUC